GGAGGGGGGCUCUUUUCGGAACCAACUCAUGAAGAACAAGGGAGGAAAGCCGAAAGUCAAGAGGAAAGGAGCCACAAACGUCUUCGGCUGUGAUCUGACAGAUUAUCUGGAGAGCACUGGACAAGAUGUUCCCCCGGUACUGAAGAGCUGCGCAGAGUUCAUAGAGACGCACGGAAUUGUGGACGGAAUCUACCGGCUUUCUGGAGUGACGUCCAACAUCCAGAAACUGAGGCAAGAGUUUGGAUCAGAUCAAUGCCCAGACCUGACAAGGGAAGUUUACCUCCAGGACAUUCACUGUGUGGGCUCACUCUGCAAGUUAUACUUCAGGGAGCUACCGAAUCCCCUCCUCACGUAUGAGCUCUACAAGAAAUUCACGGAGGCAGUAUCGUGCUUCCCAGAAGAAGAGCAACUGGCCCAAAUUCAAAAUGCCAUCCAGGAACUUCCGCCAUCUCAUUACAGGACCUUGGAAUACCUGAGCAAGCACCUAACUCACUUAGCGUCCUUCAGCAGCACGACCAACAUGCACACCAGGAACCUUGCUUUAGUGUGGGCACCUAAUCUCCUCAGGUCCAAGGAGAUUGAGGCUGUAGGCUGCAAUGGAGACGCAGCUUUCCUGGAGGUGCGAGUCCAGCAGCUGGUGUUUGAGUUCAUACUGAACCAUGUGGGCGAAAUCUUCAGUGACAACGUCCCUGCCAAACCGAAGGAAAAUGAAGAGAACAAGCCCAUUAUGAAGAGCUUGACGCUGCCCUCCACCUCUCUGCCGAUGAAGCUGGUGAGUCUGGAAGAAGCACAGGCCCGGAGCCUGUCCGCCUGCCAUCCUGCCCGCAAGGAGCGGAGGGAGAACAGUUUGCCAGAAAUCGUUCCAGUCACAGGCUCCUUCUUCCACACCGUCCUCGACCUACCUGACAGCAAGAGAAAGUUAUCCACAAAAUCCAAGAAGUGGAAGUCAAUAUUUAACCUGGGCCGGUCUGGAUCAGAAGCCAAGACCAAACUGAGUCGAAAUGGGAGUGUGUUUGUCCGAGGACAGAAGCUCUCUGAAAAAGUCACCAUUCGGCCAGCUAAAAGCAUGGACUCCUUGUGUUCACUUCCAGUAGAAGGAGAUGGUGAAAAGGGCCACUUCAAGCGCACCGUCGUGGCUGGAGGGUUCUUCGUUCCAGUGAUGAAACCACGGACAGGGGGCCCAAGCAGCUCAUCAGACCUCAGCAAACAGGAGAGUGAAUGGGAUCCAAAAGGUGCUGUGAAAGGAGCAGAAGGAGGUUUGGAGGAUGGUGGACAGAAUGAUGCCGCCCGGUCUACUCAUGUCAGACCACUUCCUGAGCAACUGAAAGUGUUCCGUGCCAUAGAAGACCCGGAGAAUGAGCAAACAUCCCCAAAGAUGUGUCGUAUGUUCUACACUUCCAAUGAUGGGACGGCUAAAUCAGGGUUCCACGGGACCCUCUUCCCCCUGGAAGCCUCCCCUCGCCACCAACGCAAAGCCCUGAACAUUUCAGAGCCCUUUGCUGUGUCGGUGCCCCUUCGGGUGUCUGCCGUCAUCAGUAUCAACAGCACCCCUUGCCGCAUGCCGGCUAAAGAGAAGCCCGCCUUCUCGAGCCUACAGGAAUCUUCUUUCUUGGGGUUGGACAGCGCUGCUUCCACAAUCCCAGAAGCAGACAGCCACAGCAAGCCAGAGCAUGCCACUGUCAAGGAAGAAAAGAAGCCCGAGUCCAAAGCAGUAGAAGAUUCUAUUACUGAAGAACCAACAAUAGCCAACAAGCUGGAGUCCACAAAUGCUUCUCAGUCAACAAUGAAAACUUGGGAGGCAAAGAGCAAUGACAGCAGCUGCAGCCAAGAUUCAGAAGAUAAGCAGUCUCUGGAACCAAAGCAGCAAGUCAAGAUCCCAACAAGCCAGCCACAGGCAGGCCAAGCAAGCCAGGACCAACCAGAGAUGAAGGACAAGCCAGAGCAAGGCUGCUGGACGCAGGAAGAGACAAGGGAUAAAGUGGAGAACACCUCGCUUUUAAAGGAGCAGGUUCAUGGCAGUCAUUCCAGUGCCUCAAUGGUACCUCUGUGGCCAGAAAUUCAACAAGAGCUGAAAAUUGUUGAAUCUGAAGAGGAGCUGCCACUUACCCUGGAGACGGGUCAGCAACAGCGAGACCUUAAACCCAGUGCUUCACUGAUUUCAUCCUUGGAAGCAAACAAUUUGCCGUGCAGUUCCGGGCUGCCUGUGACACCACCCGAAGAAGAAAGCACGGUGAGAAAUCCACCAGUCGCACCUCACAUUUAUUCAUUUAGUGCUCCCUCUAAAGGAUCAAAGGACUCACCUGUUUGUGAUUCUGAACUAUCCCCAAAACAAGAUGGUGCUUCUUCCGCUUCCUUAAAACUGGAAAAUAUCCCUUGUGGGAAACCUUGUCCAAAGGACUGUUUAGAAACAGAGAACAUCAGGUGUGUCCAUCCAUCUCAGCCCGACGAUUGGAAACUUCCAUCAGAUCCACAAGAAAACAUGGCUCUUUUGAGAGAUGAGUCUUCGUUUGCUCAAGAAAAGUGUCUAGACCAACCAGAGUGGGAAAGUAGUGAAUGGCUUCUUCACAGGGAGAAGGAAGGUGCUGCUGUGACCCAGGCAGCAAAAAAUGAUCAAGCGCUUUUAGAGAGCCGAGGCCUACAGAGUUCAGUUACCUUAAGUGGAGUUGGAGCCCACCAGCUCAAGGAAUGUAAACUGAAGAAUCAAGCUCGAGACUCUCUUGACCACCAAGAGGAAGAUACAUGGGUGGACCAUGUUCAGAGCUUAGAGUUGGUGGAGCCGUGGGAAGAGCACCAGUGGGUCACCAGCCCACUUCACUCCCCUACCUUCAAGGACAUCCAAGGAAAGGCGCUUCAUGAGUUUCAGCCACUGAAUCAAGCAGGGACCAGGAGCCAUUUCAAGAAGCCAUGUUUCAAUCGUAGCUUUUCCUUAGACAGUAAAGACUUUGUGAAGAGGCACCGGGCUAUCCACUUGCCUUUUGAGAGCGCAGAUGUGGAGCAUCUUUGUGGUGACAUCCCAUUAGGGGUCAAGCAACCCUCACAAACAGAGUGGAGAGAAAGUGACGGAGGAGAAGCCUGGCUGAAUCGUCCAGAGGAGCUUUUAAAGCCAGAUGAGACAAGCAGGAGACUUCUGAGCCACGAAGCAGGCUUUGCAGCCAGAGAACUGUCAUCCAGCCAUGACAGGGUCUACCCUGUUGCUCACAAAAAGUCAGGUGAGAAGGAAGCAUACGAGGACAAAGAAGACCAGGGAUUUUCAAAGCCCGAGUCUCCUUUGCCACAACAUAAUACUGAGAACAGUUCCUUGAGUUUAAACAGCCCAGAAAAAGAUGUACCAAGUAUUCAACAGGCUGAUAGUCCUGGAACCUCUGCCACAAAAGAUCUAUGUUCUGUCAAGGAGUCACAGACCGGUAAAGGUGAAGACAUCCCACGAAAAGGGAGGCCAAGGCCUUCUUCUCUCAAUUUGGAUUCUGUCCUACCCGCAACCAACCUUUUUAAUUUUGAGAGUCUUUCUGUGCCCACCCCACCCAGGCACUUCCUGUGCGGGCAAAAAGAAGUUAAGACAAGUGACUCUGUGCCGUCACUCCCUGUGGCCUGUCCGAGCAAAAACAAAGCUGACCUUUGGGGUUCUCACUUUGACCCCCAAGACGUAGACCUAGACUACAUAAUGAUGGCUCAUGCUACCACUGGUCGCCGCAACUCUGCUCCAGUGAGCGUCUCGGCAGUGAGAACCUCUUUCAUGGUUAAGAUGUGCCAGGCUAGAGCUGUGCCGGUUAUACCACCUAAGAUUCAAUACACACAGGUCCCACAGCCCCUGCAGACACAGAACCCCAACUGCAGGACGCCAGAGAAUAAAGAAACAGAAGCCAAUGGAGGUCAGCGCAAGUCAACUGAAAAUGCUCAGGGUCAGCUGCAGCCUCCAAAGAGUCCACCAGUGGAAAGGAAGGGGAAGGAAAAUAAUAAUGCAGCCUUUAUAGAUUCAACGGCAAAUAGAAAGGCAGAACCAUCCUUUGCCAAUCAUAAUUCCACGCAGGAUGCACCAGUUUUUCGUCGGAAACGCAGCUCUGAAGGGGAAUCUACAGGGGACAAUCCCCAGUCCUCAAAAAUGGAGAGGUCUUCAGGGGUUUCUAAGCCUUCUUACAGAUCUAGACCAGGAAGACCUCAGAGUCUUAUACUAUUUAGUCCUCCCUUUCCCAUCAUGGACCAUCCUUCCUCCUCUGCAGACUCCAGAGUGUUGCUUUCUCCCAUAAGAAGCCCCUUACAGACCCCUUCUCCAAGCCCCAUUUCCAGUGAUUUGUCAGGGACAGCUUCAGAGGGGGUCACACUUCGGAACAAGAUGACCAUUCCAAAGAAUGGCCAAAGACUAGAGACUUCCACAAGCUGCUUCUACCAACCCCAGAGGAGGUCUGUGAUUCUGGAUGGUAGAAGCGGGAGACAGAUAGAAUAAGGCCCAUUCCCUUCACCUCUCUUCCCUGGUGGAUGAGAUGGGGUGGUCACACGGAGAACUAUGAUGAUUGUUAAACCCAUACUACUCAAAAAGUACUUCCUUUGUCAUUUCCAACAAUCCCUUAUUUUACUGAUUGUCACUUUGAUGAUUGAUAGAAUGUUUAGUUGAUUUGACCUUGAGUCCACCUUGGCAAAAGGUGUGCCAAUGAAAGCAAAAUUAUGUGGAAAGAAAAUAAGAGAUAAAUCCUUGUUAUGUUAGCCAAAGCUACCCCCUCCAGACUCUUCCUCGUCUUUCAGCUUUCCAGCAACAGAGAACAAUCACAAGAAUCAUCUCAGCAACUAAUGCUCCGUUCCUCACCGUGUUCCUGAAAUGGCUUCCUUGUUGAUCUUGAUUUGUCGUAUUCCUGGGGGUUCCAGUCCACAUCUGUAUUAAAAGCUUAUAGGCUUCCCCUUCCCUUUGUACUUGUUUAUGCACAGACUUACUGUACUGAGAAUUGUGUGCUCAAUGGGCACUCAGCUAAGUGGUUUAAGAGGAAUGGUGAUGCAUUUGAGCUAAAGCUUUCUUCAAUAGGCUGCCAUUGCCAUUAAGCACCUGUUUAUGUCUACAGUCCUAUUCCCCUAGCACCUGUUUCUUUGUAAUUUUUGAUAAUUUAGAGCUAACUGCAGAGUUCUUAUAUUAAUUGUCUACAAGGAUUUGUCCAAAUAGCCAUGUAAGCUACCUGCUGGCAGACAGUGAUUGGCAGAGUUAGCGACCCGGUAGCCGGGACAGUCCCACCGCUGUGCUGUCUCUAUUGACCCUAUCCAAAAAGCACUGCAUUUCCACCCUCCUGCUAGUCUUUCUGCAGUAUCAGGCGCAGGUCUUGGUAGCUGCUGAAGCAAGGGAUGGACAGAGCAGUCGCAAUAAGCUGCAACCUAACCGCAUUUCUUGUAUUUUCAUAGUGUGCUGCUCUUUAUUUGAAGACAUCACAGCGUGGUUUUUCUUCUCUCUUUCAAGAAGUGUUGCUGCUGCUUGCUCAAAAUAAGCUUGUUCUUUAAGCUGCCACUCAGUCUGCAUAAUCAGGACUGUAGGUGGCGAGAAACAGUUGUAGGAUCUGAUUAGCGAAGAAAUCCCCAUGCUAAUUCGCAAUUGUGAGUCACUAAGUUGGAACUGGGAGCCUUGAAAACAUCUGAAAGCCGGGCGAAUUAAAAACGUUACAUUUUGUUUUCUCAUAGAUCAGGGCCCAGGUCACAACAUUGCAUUUUCGAGUUACAUUUUCCCAGGGUGCAUUUGGGUUGGAUCUGUGACUUGGCUACAGGCAGUAAAAAUGUAGAUAAGCUAUGUUGUAGUGAGUGUUGGCAUGCAAAAUGGAAGUGGCAGCAUGAUGGAGGAGCCUUGCUUGUAUUAGAGAGCGGCACUUUGUGCCAAGAUUCUGUAGUGACAGGGAGGUGCGUGAAUUUCUACUGUGAUGCAUGUGCUUCUUCCUUGAAUUUCCAACCCUGAUGGUGAAAAACUGAAUUUCACAAUGGCUGCUUCAUGAAACACAAUGGGUACCUCUUCUCUCAGGCUCCAGAGAUCUAGAUGUCCUGGGGGGGGUACCCUAAAUUUGCCUUGCAACAAAAACUUUGUGGGAGCAUUUGAAAGAUUAUGGUAAGAGUAGAUUUGAGCACCAUCAGUCCCAGAGCAUUGUUUGCCUGUUUCUAAAGAAGGAAAGGUCUGCCUUUCCAUUUUGCUUAUUUUUAUUAAAAUGAAAAUGAUCUUCUUGGCUUGACCAUAAAGAAACUCGGCUAAACAAUUACUAGGUAUUGUGGCUUUUUAGAUUGAUCCACAAGGUAACUCAAGUUUGUUUGUGCAUAGAGCAAAAAUGAGGGGGCAUCUGCUAGGGGUUUUGUAUCCUCCAGUUUGGCUGGGCCACACUAUGCUGCUUAUAAGAUCUGGGAAAGAGGGUGAAGAAGAGAUAGAAUUGUUUGGUUUUUGUUGCUGUUGUUUCUUGUAGCUUAAGUAGUAUCAUGAGGUUGUGCUCUUUGGUAGAAAUAAGGAAGGAUCAGUGUAGGAGUGAAACAGGUGGUCUGAACAGAGGGAAGUAGGUUAGUUUAUCAUUCCACUAUCUGAAUAGUAGGAAGAAUUCACUGGUUCAAAUUGUGGCAGAAGAGUUACUUAUCUAAAUGAGAAGGGAGGUAGUGCAAAACUCAUCUGGUUGGAAGGAAUCGUCCCUUCAUCUAAUCCAAAGGUAGCCAGCAUUGUACCCUCCUUAUGUUGUUGGACUCAACUCCCAUCAUCCCUGGUUAUUGGCCAUGCUGACAGGGGCUGAUGGGAGUUGUAGUCCAUUAACACCUCCAGUGCACCACCU